AUGGAGGAAACGCCGCAAGACGCGCUAGACAUCAGUCCGUCGGAGGCAGAACAGAAAACGGCCAAACGCAGAAUGGCAGUUCAAGAGAUAUUCGACGAGCAUGACAUGAAGAAAGAGGACUUCGACCUCAUGCUGGAAAGGUGGAAAAACUCACUCUUCUGUUGCCUAACGUCUGCCGUGGCUUAUCUUCACGAGAAGAAUAUUCGACACAAGGAUAUCAAACCUUCGAAUGUCCUCCUGUCACCGCACGGCAUGUGGCUUACCGAUUUUGGCACAGCAAAGGAUUUUACAAAGAGUCUUACCAGUACAAGCGAGAGUCGUGAGCGCGGCACGCUACGAUACUGCGCCCCCGAAGUCGCGCAGUACGAGCCUAGUGGACGUUCCGCAGACAUCUUCUCCUUGGGCUGUGUGUUUUUGGAGUUUCUUGUUGCAACAUCACCAUGGAGCAGCCUGGCAGACCUGGAGGUACUCUGCCCUUUGAAAAACAGAUCAUACGAAGCCAACCUUGACCGACUGGAUGACUGGCUCCGUCUGCUCGAGGAUGGAUACUCCGAGUCGAGGGAGGAUUCCACUCCACACAUAGCGCUUGAGUUGAGACAAAUGCUCAACGCCGACCGCUUCAUGCGCCCAACAGCGAGACGCCUAGUCUGGCAAUGGGCGGAUCCUCACGUGACAAGGGCAGACGCACCCAACCGCUGUUCGAAAUGUCAGCAAUGGGCUGGUCAGUUCUUCUCCGAACCAAGGCUUUGGGAGGAGAUGACGGAGUACAUCACCUCGGGGACACGAUUUCUAGCUGCCAGCAUUGAGGAACAGCUGAGCAACGGCAAUCCUCACGACUUCAACAACCCCCACGACCCUGACGACCCCGAAGAUAUUUUCGAAGAUUUACAGCGCAGAUUGGACCAACUACGUCGAUGA